ACGAACCCAAACCACGUUUCUGUGUGUAUGUUGUUUUUGACGAAAAUCGCACUGCAACGUGGACGGCAGUUUUAUGUCCAGCUGUUUCUCUCUCCUUUCUGAGCAGACUCGAGUUUAAAUACAGCCCCUGCUCAACCUGCCACCCCACGCUCAGUUUUUUCGUCCGCAGACACGGCACUUGUUUCAGUGGAAGCGUUCGGAGGAAAGCUUGCUAGAUCUUGUGCAAGAACAAUGUUGGUUUCCAUGUCGAGCACUGCAGGCCUCGUAAUCCCCUGCAAGGCUGCGGUUGCAUGGGAAGCCGGGAAGCCGCUGGUGAUGGAGCAGGUGGAGGUGGCUCCACCACAGGUCAUGGAAGUCAGGAUCAAGAUCAAAUAUACUUCACUUUGCCAUACUGAUCUUUACUUCUGGGAAGCUAAGGGCCAAACGCCAUUGUUUCCUCGCAUAUUUGGCCAUGAAGCAGCUGGAAUUGUGGAAAGUGUUGGUGAAGGAGUAACAGACCUUAAGGAGGGAGACCAUGUACUUCCAGUGUUCACAGGGGAGUGUGGGGACUGCAGUCACUGCAAAUCUGAGGAGAGCAAUAUGUGUGACCUUCUGAGAAUAAACACAGACAGAGGAGUCAUGAUUAAUGAUGGGAAAUCAAGGUUUUCAAUUAAUGGAAACCCAAUCAAUCACUUUGUUGGAACAUCCACCUUCAGCGAAUACACUGUUGUUCAUUCAGGCUGUCUUGCAAAGAUCAAUCCAUUGGCACCUUUGGAUAAAGUUUGUAUCCUCAGUUGUGGCAUCUCAACAGGUUUGGGUGCUACUCUAAACGUGGCUAAACCAAAGAAGGGAUCUUCUGUUGCCAUAUUUGGCUUGGGAGCUGUAGGCCUAGCUGCUGCUGAAGGGGCAAGAAUUGCUGGAGCCUCAAGAAUUAUUGGAGUUGAUUUGAACCCCAAGAGAUUUGUGGAAGCCAAGAAAUUUGGUGUCACGGAAUUUGUGAAUCCUAAGGACCACAACAGACCUGUGCAUGAGGUUCUUCAAGAGAUGACGAACGGUGGGGUUGAUAGGAGUCUCGAGUGCACAGGAAACAUUAAUGCCAUGAUGUCUGCUUUCGAAUGCGUUCACGACGGAUGGGGUGUAGCCGUACUUGUUGGAGUUCCAAACAAGGAUGCAGUUUUUAUGACCAAACCCAUUAAUGUUCUGAAUGAAAGGACACUCAAAGGAACCUUCUUUGGGAAUUAUAAACCUCGCACAGAUCUUCCUUCUGUUGUCAAUAUGUACAUGAACAAGGAAUUUGAAUUGGACAAAUUCAUCACCCAUCAUGUUCCUUUCUCCGAGAUCAACAAGGCCUUUGAGUAUAUGAUUAGGGGUGAGGGUCUGCGCUGUAUCAUCAAUAUGGAAGAGUAGAGUGAAGGAUGGAGAGACUGAAAGGAACCAUGGUAUUUGGGCCUUUCUCAAUUGCUGUCUAUGUACUUGAACUUUCUUCCUCCUUGUUUUACUUGGCGUCUUUUUUGUACAAUGUGAAAGUUGUAAUCGUCUACUGAUACCCUUUGAGCAUGAACAUGAAUAUGAAAUCUUGACAAGUAGCCUAUGCCAGAACUCAAUUUUUAUGGAAA